AUGAGAUGGCGUUACUGUUCUGUAAGUGAGAUUUUAGCAUAUUGUCUGGCUUCACUUGCUGAUUCACAGUUUGCUGAUGGUAGAUGGGGUACCGAAUGUCCUUCACAAUUGAAUGGGCUUAGUCUCCGUGGCGUGGACUUUAGAGCUGAUACAGAGACAAAAUAUCAUUUAGUAGUAAAUAAAAAAAACCUAUGUAAGAGACAUAUAUACAGUGGGUUAUUUGGUAAAGUGUUACAGCGUGAAGAACUUAGCCAGGACUUAUUAAACAGUACUAUAAGUCAAGCUGAAAGUGUUUUAAAUCAUCCGAAAACUGGAAAACAAAAUGCUUUUUUACAACCAGACCCGCUAAUACAUGAAUUGUGUACUAUAAUAAAACAUGGAUUGUUCAAUUUGAUGACAAACAUCUCAUCUCCACCAAUAUUCAUUCCAGCAACCUUCACAAAACCGGAUGACAAUUUAAUAACAAAUCAACUCUUGGAGCUGUACUGUGAGAAGGGGGAUGCAUUGGUUUCCAGCUACUUACAAGUGAACCAUUUUGGCAACAAGGACAUUUUGUAUAUCAGCAGGUGCAUUACUCGCCAAAAUGUUGGUCCAAAAGAGAGGCAUCUAAUGCUCAAAAAAAUACCAAAUUUUUCUAUAAGACUGCCAUUCUAUGUCGUCCUUCUCCCUCCACGCAAUUCCACAUUUCACUGCUACGGUCGUAUGAAAUUUAGUUGGGCAAGAAGGAAAAAGAAGAAGAAGAAGAGGAAGAAGAUCCCAUUUGUGGAGUAUGCACAAAAUUUUUCCCAAUUGAUUGUGGAGCAAACACUGAAAUUAUUCUUUGAUUGUUGCCAUCUCAAAAUGCAUGCGUUCUGCCAUGGGAGGAAAUGUGGGACAGACACUCUGCUAGAGGGGCAUAGUGAUUAUUUCUUUAUAAGAAUUAUCUACAUUUCUUCAAAAUGUGGACUUCUGUGUAAACCAAAUCAUUGUGGAAGUCCAUUCAUAUCACAAGAAAUCGCAAAUUGCAGGGUUGAUGUCAAAAUUGCAUAUUGUGUUUCUGCAAGUCUACCUGUCUCCCUUCAUUUUUUACACGCAACUGAAAAAGAAAUCACUGACACGUCACGUGACUGGGCAGCCAGAAAAAGUGGUCGUAAAACUUGUAUGAACUUGCGAUUGAGUGAUGCCCUGCUUGCCUCGCGGAUCCAUUCAUCUCGGUGGUCUCAAAUUCAAUGGAAUGGAAUAAAUGAAUGUCUAAAUUUUGUCAAUGGAAAAAAACAUUUACCUCAUAUGACUUUUCCUCCUCGACUUCCCAACUUGUCCCAUUUCACAAACUUGGGUCCACAUUGA